UCCUCCUGAUAGUGCAGCCAGUGGGUGUUGCAAGAGGAGGGAAGGAGAGCAAGGCAGUGAGAGAGAGGGGAAAAGAGAGAGGACAGGCAAAGGACCAUAGCCAGCGUUAUAGAGAGGGAGAGCACGAACACUCAACAACAUUACAGGAGGUACGCGUGGGAACAGCAGCCCACUGGAAAAGCAGAAGCAGAGUAGAAGACAGAAGAGGGUGCGCUAAACGAACGUGUCAGAGCCUGUUGGUCUGUCUCUGUGUGUGUGAGCUCAGUGUGUUUCCACGGUUCUCCUGAGGCCGUGGCAGCCAUGGCGUCAGAGCCUAGCACCCAGUCCAGGGUGAUGUUCCAGGCAGCGGACAAAACAGAGGAGCCGGCACACCGCAAGCUGGGCAAGCUGACAGUCAAAUACAACCGCAAGGACCUGCAGAGGAGGCUGGAUAUCGAGGAAUGGAUCGACGGGCAGCUGCACCUGCUGUUUGACUGUGAGGAGGAAGAGAUUCCAGAGUUAGAGAUUGAUAUAGAUGAGCUCCUGGAGCUGACAGAUGAGGGGCAGAGAACCCGUCUGCAGGAGCUGUUGCAGGAAUGUGGAAAGCCAAAAGAGGAUUUUAUCAACGGGCUGCUCUACAGGAUAAAGGGUCUACGCAAAAUGUCCGGCCCCUUGAAGAAAUAAUUAUAGGUCAAAUAAAGAAUGGAGACAAUGUGGAGCCUCUCAUCUUCCCACCUCCCAUGCGUUAACUGUAACAUGUCAGUGGAACUCUCUUCAUGCCCUCUGCCACCCCUUUUUGGGUCUUAACACCAGAGCAGACAAGUUUUGAAUGGAAUUUUUUUUUCACUUUAAUUUAUGGACUGCUAUAACAUUUUGUCUUAAACAUACCAAUAAUGCACAUGUGAUAAAAGCUGUACCGACUAUCACUCAGAUGGACUGUUUUUUUUUUUUUUUGUGGAAGACUGUACAUUUUCGGUUGCCUAUUUAUGUACAUAAAUAUUUUUGCUCUGAUAACAGUGUUGUUAUGUCGAAAUAAAAUUGAACAUUUUCAAUACAAGGCUGUUGAUGACUCAUCAAAAAAAA